UUUCCAUAUCAUGCCUCCAUGGUGUUUUAGCUACGUUAUACUGAAGAUCAAUAGCCCGUUUUAGACUGAACUUCUAUUUACAGGUGCAAAUUAGUUUCAUUGUGCGAUCACACCUUUAUUGAAUGACACGAAAGUCAGAUUCAGAAUCAAAAACAGAUUCUUAAAUUUGUGAGCUAUCCAUAAUUGUGAUAAAACUAUUGGGUAUCGGAACGUUUAGACGUAUAAUGGAUAAAUCUAUUUCGUUACGUCUUAAAUAUUUCAUGAGUAAAAAGUUUCAUCUUACAAGAAGAAUUGCAUCUCUAUCUUCAAAUUGGAAUUGAAUUAAUGUUUAUGAUACGAUAGUUUAUCCUUUUAAAUGUUCAUAUAGAACAUGAUCGAUCAAUGUGUACAUUGUACCAUGACAACCGGGGUUUGACAAAGACGAUUUAAAGAGUUAUUUAUACAAUACCUAGCGUGGCCUUUAACAUGGAAUUAAAGUAUGGAAUCACACGUUGUUGUGUUAAGUGUAGUUUGUUCUAAACUUCUGAUAUAUUAAAAUAACAAUUUUUCAUGACUGUUGUUUUCAAAAUUUUGCACGAGGUUUCAACCAUGUAGAUCAUGGCCUCAUCGAAUGCUACCAUUGUUAGUAACGACAGCGAGCCAGAACCACCCAGAAAUUCUUCAGAUAUAGUAUUGUCUCGAAUCAAUUUAAGUUUUCACGAAUCAAAAGCAGAUCAGAUACUAAGACUUGUUAAGGACCAAGAGGAAUUAAAUAAAAAGUUUUCCGAACGCGCCUUACAUCGCCAAGAAGAUAACUGUGCGGACGGUGACAAUAGCUUAAGUGAUAGCUCGUUUAAAGAAACCGAAAAGAGGCUAUCACAACGUCUUUCUGUGCACAAACAAAAAGGUGGUAGAUCUAAAACUUCUAUGGGAUUUCAUAAUGACAAAAAUAUAAUUAAUAAUUCAUCAUCAGACGAAGAAGAAUCAAAAAUGGCUGACGAAGAACGAAUGAUUAAUACCAGGAUUAAUCGUCCAAAAUCUAGCUACGUCCGACGCCGCCAUCUACCGGCGGAUGAUGAAGAUGAUAGUCACGUUGACUCUACUGCACAAAGACGCUGUCGGUCUACAAGACCAACUUCUAGACUAGGAAAACGAGAUGUUGAAGGUACAUAUCGUGAGUGUCCUAGUCGACAUGAAGGCGAAAAUAGAAAAAUGGUGCUAACAGAGACAUCAUUCAAUGUCCAGGCUCCACCAGCCACGCCUACUAAUGAAAUUGUUGACCCUGUAGGAUACGAUAGGUAUGCUCACAUUAAGACACCAGUACCAAGUGUUGAAACGGGUAUAAGACGUGAACGAACUGGUAUAAGACGUGAACGAACUGAUAUACGUAGCGUAAAUAAAAACUCUGAAAAUGCCAAUACAACAAACACAAGCUUCAGUAAAGCACAAUAUGAAAAGCAUACAAGGAAUCGUCAAAGAGAAGAUACAAUGUCUGAAAUUUCUACCAGACAACGACAUCGCAGGCAGCAAUAUGGUAAUGUUCGAGCUAGUCGACCUACUUCUGAAAAUGUGUAUCUUGUUCGUCAAAGAACGGAAGCAAGGUUACUAAAAAACGGAAAUUCUACUUCAAAUAUGAACAAUAGACCGAAGUCAGAUAGAGUCAUUAUGACUUCAAAUGGACCUAAGCCUAUACUGUCAAUUGACCAUAAUCCAGUCAAUAGUACGACAUUAGGUUACCAGAAAAAUAGUGUUCAGUCGUCACAAAAUACAACAUUGGACUAUAAAUCAUCCACACGACCUAUGUCUCGACGUGGAAGAUCGUCUCAGGAAGUAGCAAAUCGGCCUCCAGGGGUAAUUGCAAAUAGACCUCCAUUAAGUCUUAUGAAACUACCGCCUCUUGAUUCCUCUGUUAGUAAACGUACUGAGAGGACACUUGCUUUAACGAAUGCACGUGAAACGUGUGUGUAAUGUAACUACAUAGUUGUUAUGUUUACUUUUGUGCAUUUUACGUUGCCAUUUAUGCUACAAUUUUGUGCCUAAUGUAACAAGGAAUUUUAUAAAUUCCUUAUUAUGACGUAAGUAAUUGAGAAAAAUGCACAUGCAAUAAAUAAAUUGUAUGUGCAAAUUGAAAUGUUAAUAAAAAUCAUAAAAUAAAGUAUUUUAUAAGUGUA